UUCAAAUAAGUUGAUAAAUUCAUUUCCCUCCCCAGUCCCCUCUAUUCUUUUUUAACGACGAAACAAAACACCAGCAGCAGGAUGCUCAAAUUUCGCAGCAACUUCAAUGGCGUCGAAAGCUUCAACUUCAUCCAUGGUUUUAGGCAUCUUUUACUGUAUUCAACUUCUACUUCAUCUGCAACCUCAAUUUCAGAAGAAGCCAACCCUGAUUACGCGAAUUACUUGGUGGAUUUUCUAGGGUUUUCCAAGCAACAAGCUCUUUCCAUUUAUAAGAAGCUCGUUCACAUUCGGCUAGGUCGAGGUGUGAAAAAGGUCAGUGACUUCGAAUACGUUAAAAAUGCUAAUUCUGUUAUCAAAUUUCUCAAACAAAUUGGAUUGGAACAAUCUCAUAUUCGAGCUGCCGUCGUUUCCGACCCCCAUAUUUUGUUCUGUAAUGUUGACAAAACCCUAAUUCCCAAGACCCUAGCUUUUCAGAAAAUGGGGUUUUCUGUAUCCGAUGUUGUUGAGGUUGUCAAGGUGAAUCCUUCAAUAUUUUUUACAGCGAUGGAUACCAAAAUUAUUCCGGCAUUUCAAACUUUGAGGGAGAUUAUGGGUUGUGAUCACCAUGUGAUUUCGAUUAUUAAGAAAUCGCCUCGUAUGAGGCUUUCCUGUGUUUCCAAACUCUUGGGGCCUAAUGUAGCUUUGUUGCGGGAUCAUGGGAUCCCCAUUGAAUCAAUCCGGAAAAUCUUACUUAGGAACCCAUUUGCCUUGCUCCGAAAAACUGAAUUUAUUCAGGAUACAUUGAUUAGGGUUGAAGAGAAGUUGGGGAUUCCUCGAGACUCACCCCGGUUCUUGUUAGGUAUUAUGUUAUUGGCCUCUGUUAGAGAGACGACUAUCGAGUCGAAAAAACAAAUAUUUAAGAGCUUUGGGUGGACUGAGUCUGAUGUUGUAACUCUGACAAUAUCAAGUCCUUUUCUGUUGGCACUUUCUGAAGCUAGCCUCAAGAAAAAGUUGGGGUUUUACAUGAAUGAACUGGGUUACAAGCCUAGUUUCUUGGCAAAGAAGUGUUUCUUGUUUACUUGUAGCUUGGAGAAAAGAAUAGUGCCUAGACAUAAGACCCUCCUAGUCUUGAAGGAGAAAGGUUUAAUUAGGAUGGAUUAUUCUCUUGUAACUUUCGUGUCAUUCACCGAGUCUCUGUUCUUGAGGAAGUUUGUGCUGCCAUUCAAGGAGGUCCAUGAAGUUUAUUCGAAACAUGCAGGUAUUAGUUUGGAGGAGCUAACUGUAGGAUCGUCGAAACCAAAUUCUAAUACUGCUUGAUGCUAGGUAAGCUUGCAAUUUAGCAUGCAAUAUUUAGUUUAGUGAAUUCAGUAAUUUCACCAUAACAGCCACCAAUGUAACUUUUACUUUUAAAAGCUAGUUCCUGCAUAUCAGCUGGUUCUCUGUAUUUCACUGCUUCCUCGAUGCAGCUAUGCUUGCUGCUCUACGUUGUUGAGCAGCGUACGGUCAGUUUUUAGUAGCUUAUUUUUGUUGUCCAAUCACUACCUUUUCUGUCAUGCUACAUUGCAGGCUUGUUUCCCAUCCAUUCUUUGAUAUAGCUGUAGGGACUCUUUUUGUUUUUAGGUCCAGACUGCACUAUCUAUGAUGUGAUGUUAUAAAUGAAUACUUGGUUGCUCUGAAUACUUGGAAUGUCAUACAUAAAAUUAACUGGAUUCAUUCUAGCUGUCAGCUUUAGUCAGUUUCCGUUUUGAUUCAUUGGAGCUUUUAAUUGUUUUGCCGGUUUGCUUCAUUCUGCAAGCAAGUUAACCACAUCAGUAAGUUGAUUAGCUUGUGGAUUGGCUUGUUUUCUUACAGGUUCUGUUACAUAUUUAAUGUACUUCAUUCUUUUCUAGUUUUCUCAAUUAAUACAUUCAGAUGACAUAAAUCUAUACUCUCACACAUAUGCUCUAUUGGAUACUUCAGCUCAUCAGAUCUCGCUCAAGUAGCAAAAGCACAUGCAGCCUAGGAAUUGAAAAAGAAAAUUGUACAAGCUGAAACUUCGUGAAAUCGUGAAUUGAACUUUGAGGUUUCACUUACAUUUUUCCCUCGGUCUGCGUGUCAGUACUCGUUCACGAUAUUUAGGGAUGCUCACUUCAACUAAAUCAGUUCAUUUAGGAUAUUACUGCUAUUAACUUGUGCAUAAUUCGAUACUACCUCAUGUUUUUUUUGGGACUUGCAUGUUACAUUAUGUAGUUUGAAAUAUUGUAUCCACUUCUUCUUUUCUUGCCCCUUCUCAUUUUUACUAAUAGCUACACAGGACUUAGGAUAAUGUAUUGUGGAUACUUUCUCUCUAGCUUAGAAUUGUGGUGAAUAUUUUGAGGCUCUCUGGUGCACCCUUUGUGCUCUGAUAAACAAUCUGUAGUUCUGAAGAUAGGUCAUCAAAAUGGUAUGCCCUGGUCUCUUAAAUAAUAAUGAUUGUCUCAAUAUCAAUUUGGAAAUUCUAUUUGUAUGUCUUUUUUCAAAUACAUGAAUGAUGAAUUUAGCUUGCCAUCUCAUGUGUUUUUGUGGCUAUUUUCUAUGAAGAUAAGUGUGGAAGCUAAUCAGAUGCCUCUUGUUGUAUUUCCCUCUCUGUGUACAAUUAGACAUAAAGUAGUUGAAGCUGGACAUGCAUUGGCAGCCCAGCCCAGCCCAGCCCAGCCCUGAUGUCCUUGGGUGAGGCUGGGCUAUUGGCUGUAGGCCCCAUUGAACUAUAACCGGUCCCUGGCGUAACCUGGUUACUCAUGUUAUGGUCCAGUUCUCUAUAUUCUUCUGAAUCCAAAAGAAGCCGGUGUAACGAAUAACCCAAAGCCUUGGAAGGCCAGUUCAGGCAAAAUUAAGUGAAAGGGGAGUAGCUGUUUUGUGUUAAUUUCCCUCAAUUAUGUAAUUUGUCCACAUUAGCUGGUGCUCCUGUUUCAAUUUUCCGUUCCAGUUUAUUGUAUGGCAUCUUCAUUUACAGAGGCAUCCUCGUUUCACUCACCUUGAUUUCGAGGGUAUGUCUACCAAAAAACAGGAGAUGAAGGAUUAUGGGUAUAGUAGCAGGUGGGUGUGAUUCUUCUGGUUACUUAUUUGUGUGUUUAACUUUGCCUAUGAGGUGUCUCGAUUUCCAGGUUGACAGAAUUAUAUUGAAGACAAGGGUUCCUCUUAAGGUGAGUACUUUGGUGUGCGGCAGAGUUUUAACAGUAAAUGAUAUGCUCCAGAGGAGAAGACUAUAUAACUAGAUAUGUGCACGAGCAUCAUGAGUCGUGCCAAUAUCAAGUCUUGCUUGCAUGCCUUCUUUCGUUGUGGAGGAGGCCUUUUGGUGUGUAAGGGAUAGAUAGAUUUGUGUGUGAACUCUUAAUGUGAAUAUUUCAGAAUGUCAUUUCAGUGUUUGACUCAAGCCAUACAUUUUUGUUCUAUGUUGACUCAGGGCCACAUUUUGUGUUUGUUAGAUGCUCAAGCUCAGCAGAGUGUAAAUCUGUAGGAUGAUUUUAAACGAUAAUGAACCCCGUUCGUUAUACAAUCCUUUGGAGCAUGGAUUUGUUGUAGAACGAACUUGUUUCAAAAUUAGGAUAGUGCAAGCUCUUAUCAUCUUUGAAUUAUAAAUUUCACUUUUGAUCUAUGAUGUUGGUGGUGGCUGAUGUCUCACCUGGUUCGGUA